UCAGUUCUUUGCGUAGUUCUGAACGUUCGUUCAUACAUGAUUCAUCUUGUCGUCGUCCCAAGCUUUUAAUUUGGGAGUUGGAGUGAACACGUCGCACGCGCACACCUACACCACACCACGCUACCAUCAUGACGCGCCACCCAUUCUCAAAAAAACAAUCCUAUAUUCUUCUUUCCAUCAAUCCACCAUGUGCAGAUGCUCUAAAACUCAGGAAAGCGAUGCAGGAUGGUUUGAUGGAGACUUUUGGCAUUACAGCCUCCGGCACCUACCUUGAUAUCCUCUGGAUUGCUGAAAGUGGCUUAGAGGUCGUCAUACGCCUCUCCGAAGAGGAUGCCCCGAAACUGAUGGCAGCCGUGGUUAUAACGCCUGCCUCUCCAAGGUUGUCGGCGAUCAAACAAACAAAUUUCCUCCCAUCCUUAACGCUGUCAAAAGAGAGGUUUACAUGAUCGCCAUCAAAUUCUCAAGUCCCGCGGCCUGUUAGCUGUUGCCCGCAAUGAAUCUCUUUUUGCAUUGCAUUGCAAAGCGCGUCAAUGGACCGGUGCAACGGUAUAGCCCUUUCUUUCCCACCGGUAUAUAUGGCGUACUUUGCACGGGGAAUGAUACUCUACAAUUUAUGAAGACCUACUAGUCUCUCAUCUCGCUAACUAACGGUCAUGUUGCCUCCGGGGU